AGCCCUGGUAAUACGGCCGCAUACCGAUUUCGCAUCUUAUUUGUUAUUUAUAUAUUUUUGUUAUCACACAAUGGAUUUAUGAAUGAAACAGCAGUGCCGAUCAAACUGAUAAAGCGUGGAGAGGAGCAGCCAUCAUGAAGAUGGGAAUGGGCUACACAGUGCUAUCGCGUUUGCGCACCUUGGCACGCUACACAAUCGCAUACGCUUGUAUAACGCAUUGCACCUUUGAGUAUGUGGGUGAUUUUGUUUUGUGCAAAGGCCCCUCCAUGGAGCCUACACUCUUCUCGGACAAUGUGCUGCUAACGGAACGUCUUUCAAAAUAUUGGCGCAAAUAUCAAUCGGGCGAUAUUAUUAUUGCCGUCUCACCGGUAAAUGCCAGCCAAUUUAUAUGUAAGCGUAUUGUGGCCGUGUCCGGUGAGAAAAUAACAACACUUAAACCACAUCCACUCGAGGCUGAAUCGGCGUCAAAGUUGCCAAAUGAAAUGACCAUGGUUACGGAUUAUGUGCCACAUGGUUGCGUUUGGAUUGAGGGCGAUAAUAAGGGCAAUAGCUCCGAUUCACGUUACUAUGGGCCCAUACCAUUGGGACUAAUCCGCAGUCGUGUCGUCUGUCGCAUUUGGCCGCUAUCGGAGCUAACGGGACUGUAGUAUCAUCAAAUUUCUAGUUGUAACUUCUAUUUGUAUUUUUCAUUGUAAAUUAACGAGCAGUAAAUUAGCACAUUGUGAUUGACCAACAA